CCCAGUGUCAGGCAGGGUCCCAGGUUGUGGCAGUUUUACCAUAGGGGAGCCUUCUGGUGGCACUGUAGAGUUGGCCACUGCUGUAUGGGGUAAGGGGGCAGCGUCUCUUCUGGCUGUUGCUGUAAGUAGCGGUGCGCCAGUCGCUGACUUCUGAUCGGAAGAGGUGGCAGCGUGAUAUGACGCUACUGGAAGGGCUGAGUGGGUACCUCAGAAAGGCGUGAGGGAGAGAUGGCAUCAUUUACAGCUGUUGGCGUCAGCUUCUGCUUGACUGCUCCUCGAUGUUCUCUCCUCUGUAGCUUGUUCUUCGUGCGCACUGAUCCGCUGCUCUGCUGACUUGUUGCUUUGAGGCGAGCAAUGAGUUUGUCAAUCUCUCUAAGCGAAAUCAUCGUCUCAGAUCCCACUUCCGAUACCAAUCAUGGCCAAGGAGCACAUUCGUAGUUUGCAUUGCAUUUGUAUACAGUGCAGUAUAUCUUAUAUUACUACUAAAAAAAGUUAAAAAGUUACUUUGAAAUAGUUCAAACAGACUUAAGGACAAACCUACACAGUUAGUGUCUCUCAUAUCACAUGCAAACAUGAAUGUAGUGUAUCCCAUCUGAUUGGACAACACACCUUUGAAUUAAUUAUGGUAAUUAGGUGGGAGUUGAUUAUUGAAGUCCUAAGGUUCUGAACAAUGCAACAGUGAAUGAGGACACACAUCAACACUGAUGUGUCAGCUAACUUGAGGUGUAUGGAAUCGAGAGACAUGGAUCCAGAAGUGACUGUCAACGGGACUUACACUGUUAAUGACAUACAUCCUUGCUAUGAAUCAGAUAAUACACCUUAUGUAUUUACAAACAACCCUUCCAUAAUAUGUGUGUUAUUAUAUAUUUUCCUUGGUGCAUUGUCUGUUGUCACAAUAUGUGGAAACCUUCUUGUAAUAAUCUCCAUCAUUUACUUCAAACAGCUCCACUUACCUACUAACUACCUCAUCCUGUCUCUGGCUGUGGCUGACCUGCUUGUAGGAGUUUUAGUCUUUCCUUUCAGCAUGGCAGUCACUGUAACCUCAUGUUGGUAUCAUACAACUAUAUUUUGUAAAGUACGAGGAAGCUUUGAUGUUACACUGAGCACAGCUUCUAUUUUGAAUUUAUGCUGUAUUUCAAUUGACAGAUAUUAUGCAGUAUGUCAGCCUCUAGCUUAUAAAAGUAAAAUAAAUGAUUGUGUUAUUGGGAUUAUGAUCCUGGUGAGCUGGGGAGUUUCUGCUCUAAUUGGAAUUGGCAUCAUAAUUGCAGGUUUUAAUCAAGGAAAAUGUGGAGAAAGUUGUUUAAUUGAUGCUCUAAUAUCAACCACUCUGGCAUAUAUUUUCUCCUUUUAUAUCCCGGCAAUCAUAAUGCUCUGUAUAUACCUGAAAAUAUUCCUUGUUGCACAAAGACAAGCAAACAGCAUCCAGAACACAACCUGUCAGAGCACCAAGUCUGGAGCAACUGUCAGUAAGAUGGAAAGAAAGGCCACCAAAACUCUGGCUAUAGUCAUGGGAGUUUUUCUCUUAUGCUGGAGUCCUUACUUUCUUUUUAUCAUCUUUCAGCCUUUAACAUACGAUGUAACACCAAUUGCUGUGAUUGAAACACUUAACUGGCUUGCAUUGUCAAAUUCAAUGCUCAAUCCAUUAAUUUAUGCUUUCUUUUACCGCUGGUUCAGAUCAGCUUUCAGAAUGAUCAUUUCUGGAAAAAUAUUUCAAGGUGAUUUUGCUAACUCAAAAUUGUUUUGAUUGUUGAUUUGAAUGUUCAGAUACCAUUUUAACUGGAGAAUAAUGACAGGUUGAAACAAUAAUGAUUAACUUAUACCACUAUAAUAUAUUUACUAUAUUCACUGUCUGAGCAAAAUUGACUGUAUAUACACUUGUAGUUCUUAUUUAACAAUACUAACUGUAAAAUAAAAACUGUUUGGCAUUAAUUUCAACACAA